CAUUCUACUUGCGAGUCUCAGUUGGAUCUGCCACAACACGGAAGCUGAGUUCUCAGUAUCUACCGGUACAGUUACCGAUCACAUUUACAACAUCCGGUAGCCAAAAGUACUCUCUGACAUCAUGCGGAUGUUUUUGUUGUCGCAAUUUCGUGGUUGCUCUGUAACUGGCCGCCCCCAGUUCCGGGAACAGAAUCGUCCAGGUCAACAGAAGAGGAAGAAGGCCCUUCAGCCCAUCGGGUGUGCACUGGUCAUAAACAAUCACCUAACUAUUCCAAUACUAUUAUCCAGCACUUUAACCAAUUUUUGCAGGCACUUGGAGCUUUUUAAGCCACUGUCAUUAUGCUAAGUGAAACCAGCCUUUCGGAAACCACGGGCUGUUUUUGUGUGCAUGAUCUAAAUUAUCACAAAGGACUCUCCAAGGUACUUCAAGGAUCAGUGAAACAGAUGACCAAACAACAAGACGUCUUAUUUUAAGAAGGGUGGUCUUUAAUUGGAGAUCCCUGGAGUGAAUCAUAUUGUGACGAUUGAUGACUAGUUGGCAAUGGAGAGUCCACUGUGCAUCACAUUGUGGUCACUUCUGUUCCUUCAACAGCUUUUCUUAGGUGAUGGAUCCUUCAUCCAGAUCUGCGGCGUCUUAGGUGAAGACAUCUUACUGCCCUGCACCUUUACUGUUGCAUCCAACUUUAGUCUGCAGCAACUUGUCAUUACCUGGCAGUGGACAGUCAGUUUAAUUGUGGUUCAUAGCUACUACAAUGAGAAAAACCAUCCAGAGUAUCAGGACCCAGCAUUCAGAGGACGUACUGAACUAUUUCCCGAAAACUUCCCCAAUGGAAAUGCUUCACUCAGAUUGAAAGAAGCAGCCACAUCAGACAUGGGGAACUACACCUGCUUUGUAAUUCAGGAGGAUGGAAAAGGCUACAUUGAAAAUUUGGUGGAACUGAAAUUAUAUGAUAAACCACUGGUCAUUGGAAAUGACGAUACCGCAGUUUUGCACAGACAAAGAGCAAUUUAUACACUUGGAUUCAUAAGUGGAGCACUGAUUGUUUUAAUUGGAUUUAGAGUUGGAUAUUCGGAAAUGCAAAAGAAGAAGCAACAAAUUUCCAACGAGAAUGUGCCUUUACUGGAUAAGGCUGUAGAAGAUGUCAUUGAAAGUUACAAAAAGGACAUUUUGAAAAAUCGAACAGAAUUUGACAAAAUGUCACAUGGGAAGGCCAAAGCCUACAGCUUACUUGACAGAACAGUCAAUAUCACCUCUCCCAUGAAACAGAUCACAGGUCUUGCUCCAGAUUUUGUGUCAGGAGUGAAAGCUGCACAACUACUGUCAUUGCCGCAGAAAGCAAACUACCCUUCAAAGCGAGUCCUGUUGAUCGGUGACAAAGGAGUGGGGAAAAGCUGGGCUAUAGCCAGCAUCCAGCAAGAGUGGGCAGAAUCUCAGCUAAGUCAACCAAGGUGCAUCAUUGUUUUCAGAUGCCGUGACUUCAAUGGAGUUGAAAGAAAGACGACUCUACGGAAACUGCUUCAGAAGCAGUUUGAGUCAUUGUCAUCAGUCCUAACAGAACUUCUUCGUAACCCUGAGGAUGUGUUAUUCGUUUUGGAUGGACUGGAUGAAUUCAGCAAUCAGUUGCAAUGUAAUCCACUGGAUGGUGAUUUUAACAUAGACACUGAGGCUGAAGUAAAUAUUCUUGUUUACAGACUCAUUGCAGGUGAUCUCCUUUCAACAGCACAGGUAUGGGUUACCUCCCGAUGGAAUACUGAGCAGCUUGAAUCUCACAAGAAGUAUUUUGAUUGCAUCCUUAUUAUCUCUGGGUUUACCAACGAUCAGUUAAGAGGAUAUUGUGAAAUAUUCUUUCAGAGAAAACAAAGCGCAGCAGAAAUUUAUGAACACGUGGUUAAAUAUGAGACCAUCAACUGCCUGAUGUCAAAUCCCCUCAACAGCUAUAUCCUGUGCAAUAUUUUGGAAAGAUGUAACUGCAGUUACACUGUGAUGGCAGAUGUGUCAAUGACGCACAGUAAAGUACUCUUGCUGUUCCUUUAUAGCCUGGUUCACUGCAGGACAUCUGACAAGUCAGUGGUCAUUAUUGAAAACUCUGGGACUGAACAGAAAGACAAAUUGCUUCAAGAUACUAUCCUGAAAUUGGGGGAACUGUCCUUCAACAAUUUGCUGUCAGGGAAACUUGAAAUAAAAAUAGAUGAUAUGUGUCACUAUGGAAUAGAUCAUGAUGUUCUUUCAAAGUAUUUUUCAAAUCUUAUCUUGGAAGAAGAGUAUAAAGGCCAAAGAAUCCUUGAGUUCUGCCAUGUCAUGCUAAAGGAAUAUUUUGCAGCUUUGUAUUGUGCAACUUCACUGAAAGAUGACGCUGAAGAGUUGGUCAAAUGUCUGGAUCUUUGGUGUUUUGGGAGAACACCACAGAAUCAAAAAAGCCAAUACUAUUUGAGAUCAUUUAAGGCUGAACACACAGAGAUGCUGUACAAUUUCACGAGGCUUCUCAUGGGCUGCUUAAAAGCAAGAAGAGGUAGCAAGUUGUGGGACUGUAAUGCUUCACUCCCUCAUUCUACAGCCAGAGCUCUAGUGACUUGGUUCAAAGAAUGUCUUGAACGAAGUUGCAAAAGGUCCAAGCUGCUGAAUUUAAUGCAUUGUCUUUUUGAAUUGCAUGAUUCAACUAUAACAACAGAGGUAUCUCCUCACUUCAAGCAUGUAGAUUUUUUCAACAUUUCUCUGAGCCCACUAGACCUUUCUGCGUUAUGUUACUGUCUCCGUCAUUCUGCUGUGGAAGAAUUGGAUUUAAGACUCUGUACUAUAGCGGAUGAUGGAAUAAAACAGCUCAAGGAUGUGCUAUUCAAAUGCAAAACUGUUCUUGUAAGCUCCAACAAACUGACUGAGAAGUCAGCAGAGAUUUUGAGUGACAUUCUUCAAGACCCAAAAUGCAGAAUUGAGACAUUAUCAUGUGGCACAAACUAUUUUGGUGCCAGGGGAGCUCAGUUUUUUUGGAAAGCUUUGACAAGAAACCAAAGGCUCAAAUCUCUUCGUUUGUAUGAUAAUAAGAUUACAGAUGAAGGUAUAAAAAACAUGGUUGAUUACCUGAGUUACAAUACAACUCUUGAGAAGCUCUAUUUGUGUGUAAAUGAAUUCAGUGACGAUGGACUGAAGAACAUUCAACAAAUCAAAGAGGUGCAACAGCAUCUGAAGAUUGUCACUAAAGUCAUAGAAGAUGAAGAUUUGUUACUCCGAGUUGAAACACAGAUAAAUGAGUUACACUCUCAAAGCAAGGAGUAUAACGAGGAAUGGCUUCAAACAAUCAUGAAGUCCAUACUGAAAGAUCUUGGAGAUGAGAGUGAAAUAACAGACCAGAUGAUAAAAAAUAGGGUGGGAAACAUUAAGGAAAGUAUAAACAAAUUUCUGUUGAAAAAAGCAGUGAUAGCAGUUGGAAGCAAGUCUACAUUUAGCAUUUCAAAGUUGCCCAUUUAGACCGUGAGAUGAGAGUGACAGCCUUUGACAUCAAGGCUAACAUUUGACGGAGUAUAGUUUUACAACACUGGGUAAACGCCUCUGCUAAUUUAAACCAGCCACACAGAAAAAGUUCACUUCAUGCUGUAAUCUGUUAAAAUUUGAGAGGCAAAGAACUAUCCCAGAGGUCACUAUUGAAAGUAAAAUUAACAAUUUCAUUCUUUAAGUUCAAGUGAGAAUAAUAAAAUCAACAACUAUUUCCAAUUCCUUUCCCACAAACCUAUCUUUUACCUCCUACUCUACAAUACUCGUCCAAAAGAAAAAUCCUGAUUAAGAUUUGCAGAAAAAAAUGAUAUUUCAAGAAAACCAGUCAGCUUUGUUGAUUCUGUUUUGUAGAUUUUCCAUUUGUAGAUUUUUCUCUAGGAGAAAGUGAGGACUGCAGAUGCUGGAGAUCAGAGUUGAGAGUGUGGUACUGGAAAAGUACAGUAGGU